GUUUCAACAGAUCUCGCGGUGCUAUUCGAGAUUCCCUUUUCAAAAAAAAAAAAAAAAAUGGAAAUGAUGCAAAGGAGCCUUUGCCUUCCGGAGUUUGGGGCUGGGACUGCAGCGCGCCAAGCCCAUUGAAAGCAGCUCAGGCGGGAGGCGGGGCUCGAGCGAGUUCCUCUUCCACCUUCCCCCACCCUCGUCUUCCAACCUCUGUUCUGCCCCUUGCUCCGUUGCAGCCGUUACAGCAGCCGCGCCGCUGCAGUUUUCGGGAGCCAAUCAACCCCCAAGUCGCGGUUCUCAGGAUGGUGAUUCGCGUGUAUAUUGCAUCUUCCUCCGGCUCCACGGCGAUUAAGAAGAAACAGCAAGAUGUGCUUGGUUUCUUAGAAGCCAACAAAAUCGGGUUUGAAGAAAAAGAUAUUGCAGCCAAUGAAGAGAAUCGCAAGUGGAUGAGAGAAAACGUACCUGAAAACAGUCGACCAGCCACUGGGUACCCUCUGCCACCUCAGAUUUUCAAUGAAAGCCAGUACCGUGGGGACUAUGAUGCCUUCUUUGAAGCCAGAGAAAAUAAUGCAGUGUAUGCCUUUUUAGGCUUGACAGCACCACCCGGUUCAAAGGAAGCAGAAGCCCAGGCAAAGCAGGAAGCCUGAACCUGAAGCAUUCUGUCUUAUGCAUCCUGAAAAAUGAAUCUCCACUGCUUUUAUAAAGUAGCAAAGUUAUCCUGGCUUCAGAAGAAAUAGGCUUAAUAUUGAAAUAUUAGAUUAGCUGGUGCUUUUGCAUGCAAACAAUCAAAGUGAAUACAUAAUUAAAAUGUGAACGUUAGGGUGAAGGAGAAAAGGAGCUGAACGUAAAUUUUUAAGUGGAUCUGAUGGAAUUGUAUUGUUAUCUGUCAAGGCAUUUUAUGUACUUCAGUGAUUUUAGAAAGAAAAUACCCUUCCCUCUUUUUAGUAUUAUUGUUACGGCUUAAGGCUGUCCACAGCUCAACCUUGAGGAAUUUAAGGACAAAAACAGACCCAGAGUACUUGUCUCGUGUUCCCAAAUGGCCUCAUUAAUUCUAGUGAACAAGAACAUUUACCCGUUUGAUGUGAUGAUGUUGUGAUUAAAAAGUAUUUUAGGUCAAGUUAGUGAUAUGUUGAACAUUGUAAUUCCCUGUGGCAAUUAUAACAUUCCUAUUCUUCUGUAGCUGCUUCUAUGUACUGAACCAUAAAUUUUCCAGGAUUUGAGCCUUUCGUUGCAUAUUUCAUGGACUAAAACACGACUUUCCACAGCAAAAUAACAAUGGGUUCGUUUAACUGAGAGGUACCUUGUUUAACUACAUAGCUGUGAUGGAUUCGUGUUUCUAAGUUAAUUGGCCCAAGGAAGUACAUAUCUGUGUGUCAUGGAAGUGAGAUGACAAGUCAUUUUAAAAUGGUGUCCUCUUACAGAGAGCUCAGACUUUUACUUAACCAUGAAGAGAUAAACUUGAACUCAUUGCCCAAGUCUUGUUUUUGCUGAAAAAAAAAAUUUUAGUUGUGUUCUUCAUUUAAUACAGCUUGUGGUCAUGAAUGCCAGUAUGUCUCAGUUAUCUGAGCCUCUUGUCCAGAUUUUGGCCUAUGGUGUGAGGGUACAUUGAUCUAAGCCAAGAGAACCUUUUCUAUGCCUCCCUUCAACAAAAUGCUUAAGUACCAAAUAAAAGGAGCAACUAAAAAGAUUUUAAUUUAGAAGACUUUUAAAAAGAAAUGAAACUCAUCCUACAUCACUCAGGCAGAAGAUACACACAUUGUAUUUUAAUUCCGUACUACUUCAUUCCUAAAAGCAAACAUUUUUUAUAAACUGUUUGAUCCUAUCUGUUGUAUGCAAGUCUGUACUCUGCAAAAAUCAACAUGUGAUGAAGAAAUGGCUUUGUUUACUGAAAUUCUAACUUGAUGCUAUGCUUUAAAAUAAACUCAGUCCUUUUGGAAACAUAA